ACCGACGGCCGCGUAAGGCAUAGGUAUUCGUAUUGUAUACGUUUACAGCAGUUUUGGUAACCACUGGUCUAACAAUUGUUUUCGUUCGGUCGUGGAAUUCAUAUGUGUGUGUGCGUAUGUAUGUGUUGUGCGUGCGUGCGUCUUUGCGUGUAUGUGUGAGUGUGUGUAUACUAUACUCUUAAAUAAAACAAUUUUCUCGCGAUAAUUAAAACAUUCCACUGGACUUCAACCGACGACUACUGUGUACUGGAGCCUGGAGGCGAAUAUCGAAAAGCUCAGAAAAAUUACAAUUAUCGCUAGCCAUUUAAAUAUUAUCAUUUUAUUUGCUUUUUUACAACUACACUUUUUAGUUUUCGGUUCCCCGUCAACAGUAGUCGGUAAUAUAAAGCAGUGUGCACUGAGCAGCUGCAGUGGUGGUCAGUCGUGGUCGUCAUCUCCGCCCAGCAAAACGGUAGCAGCGCCAGUGAAAAGAUAUCAACUGUAGAAUAUUAAUAUCAUCAUCAUUCAUCGUCCUCACUCGUCGCGCCCGUUAACAGACGUGCACGCGCAACGCUCGGUGUCCGCGUACCGUCCGAUAACGAAAUAGGGUAGGUAGGCGGUGACUCGUUAGCGAGUGUGAGUUCGUACGUGUGUGCGUGUGUGCGUGUACAAGUGCGGUGUCGUAAAAAAUAUAAAUAUACAUAAAAAAAAAACAACUGAUUUCCUAAAAUAGGUAGGUCGGACGUCAACGUUUUCUGUGGCUCGUGCAACAGUGCCGACUCCCGUCCUCCGCCCGCCCCGCUUGUCAUCCGACUGAUGUCCGGGUGCUGGACGCUAUGAAAGAACUCAACCGGUCGUCAUCCACCAAAAAGAAACCGAUCAACAAUUCGAAUGGUAUGAUCAGAAAAGUGUCGUCGCUGUUUAGUCUGGACGGCCAGAUGAACGGCAACGCCAAACCCGAAUGGAUUGUGGACGAGAUAGCCUUGGAAAGAGGUGACUCAGGACUGGGCUUCAGCAUUGCUGGAGGUACAGACAAUCCUCAAACUGAUGACGAUACGUCCAUAUUUAUUACCAAAAUAAUCCCUGGUGGUACAGCCUAUCGAGAUGGUCGGUUGUGUGUCAACGAUAUCAUCACCAAAGUCAAUGAUACGCCUGUUGUUGGAGUCCCUCAUUCAACUGCAGUAGAUGCACUCAAACGAGCGGGACAUAGAGUUACUUUAUGUGUCAAACGCAAGAAAAAUGUGCUGCCCUUGGGGCCAAAUGUUUUAGAAAUAGAACUCAGCAAAGGCACCAAGGGAUUGGGAUUUAGUAUUGCGGGUGGUAUUGGCAAUCAACACAUACCUGGUGAUAAUGGAAUUUUUGUUACUAAAAUAAUGGAUGGUGGUGCUGCCCAAGUAGAUGGUAGAAUAUUGGUUGGUGAUAAACUAGUUGCAGUCAAGAACACUCUUCUUGGUGACCGUAAUUUAGAAAAUGUUACACACGAAGAAGCUGUAUGGACAUUAAAAAAUACCCGUGAAAAAGUGGUAUUAGUCAUUGGUAAAACUGAACCAAUUACAUAUACCGAUUCUGCGCCAUCACCAAUCAUCGUUGAUACCAUUCCAAAUUCUUAUUCUACUGACACAUUAAAUACUGUAAAAAGUUAUGAAAGCUUACCAAAUUAUGAUGUAAGAACAGUAGUUUUACAUAAAGGUUCAGGGGGCUUGGGAUUUAACAUUGUUGGUGGUGAAGACGGAGAAGGUAUAUUUAUAUCAUUCAUUCUUGCUGGUGGUCCAGCCGAUCAAACAGGACAAUUGAAAAGAGGAGAUACUAUUCUAAAAGUAAAUGAAGUUGAUUUGAAUAAUGCAACACACGAAGAAGCAGCUGAUGCCCUUAAAAAUGCUGGACAAACCGUUUUAUUAACAGUUCAACAUCGACCCAAAGAUUAUAACAGAUUUGAAGCUAAAAUUCAUGAACUAAAAUCUCAACUUGCUGCUUCUUGUGGUACAUUGAUGCGCACUACUCAGAAAAAAACUUUGUAUGUCCGCACCCUAUUUGAUUAUGAUCCAUCCAGUGAUGAUGGUCUUCCUAGUAUUGGACUACCAUUCAAAUAUGGUGCUAUUCUUCAUGUGACUAAUGCAAGUGAUGAUGAAUGGUGGCAAGCACGAAAAGUCUUAGCUACUGGUCGAGAAGAGGGUAUUGGUAUUAUACCUUCGAAACGCAGGUGGGAGCGAAAACAAAAAGCCCGUGAUAGAUCUGUUAAGUUUCGAGGAAAUGAAAGCAAAAGUUUGGAUCGGUUAUCGACAUUAGAAAGAAAAAAAAAAUCAAUGACUUUUAGUAGAAGAUUUCCAUGGGUACGAAGAGGCAAAGAUGGGAAGUAUGAGAAUGGCCUUGAUGAUAUGGUAUUGCAAAGGCAAUCUAGAGAAAAUAUAUGUGAAAAAAUUGAAGAAACUCCUUCUUAUGAAGCAGUGGUUCGACUUCAAAUCUCCUAUGCACGACCUGUCAUUAUACUUGGUCCAUUAAAGGAUAAAAUAAACGAUGACCUAAUUUCAGAGUAUCCAGAACGUUUUAGUUCAUGUGUUCCUCACACAACUCGUGAAAUAAGACCAGAUGAAGUUGAUGGUCGUGAUUAUCAUUUUGUAAAAUCUCGUGAACAAAUGGACCUUGACAUCCAAAAUCAUUUGUUCAUUGAAGCUGGGCAAUUCAAUGGCAACCUAUAUGGUACAUCCGUUUCAUCUGUCCGUCAUGUAGCUGAAUCGGGUAAACAUUGUAUACUCGAUGUAAGUGGUAAUGCUAUUAAACGACUUCAAGUUGCCGGAUUGCAUUCUAUAGCAAUAUUCUUCAAGCCAAAGAGUGUAGAAGCUUUAAUGGAAAUGUGCAAGCGUAUGAGCGAAGCAGAAGCGAGAAAACACGUGGAACGAGCAGCUAAAAUAGAACAAGAAUUUGGUGAUCAAUUUACGGGUAUAGUACAAGGUGAUACAUAUGAAGAAGUGUAUGAUAAUGUAAAAGCAAUGAUCGAAAAAAAUUCUGGUAGACACAUUUGGGUAUCUUCUAAAGAGAAAUUAUAAACGAUAAAACUAAUUGUAAUAUUUUAGACAGAUUUAUAACAAAAGAAAUAAUUGACGCUUACUUGUUAUCAGGAGUACAAUUUUUGUGUACUUUCAUCAAUUGUUUUUUGUUCGUCA